AUGACCGACUGCAAACCUACUGCUACUCCUGCCGAGGCCAAGCCGAAGCUCUCUGCCACUGCUGGACAACCUGCCACUGACGCCGCUCUCUACCGCAGUAUUGUCGGCGCACUUCAGUACCUCACGCUCACCAGACCAGACAUUCAGUUCGUCGUGCACCAAGUUGGCUUGCACAUGCACUCACCUCGUCAUGUUCACUGGUCUCUGGUCAAGCGCAUUCUCCGGUACAUUCGUGGCACACCGACCUUCGGCCUUCGUCUUCGUGCCUCCGUCUGCACCGAGCUGUUUGCCUACACUGAUGCGGAUUGGGCUGGUUGUCCUAACACUCGGUGUUCCAUGUUAGGAUACUCUGUCUUCUUUGGUGACUCUCUCAUCUCAUGGUCCUCUAAGCGGGAGCCCACCAUCUCCCGCUCGAGUGCUGAGGCCGAGUACUGUGUCGUCGCCAACGUUGUUGCCGACACAUGUUGGCUACAUCAACUACUUGGCGAACUUCGGGUUUCAAUCCUGAAAGCUAUGGUGGUUUUCUUUGAUAAUGUUUCGGCCACCUACCUCACGGCCAACCCGGUGUAG